UAAAGGGAGACUGCCCAGAAGAGGAAGCAGAAAAGCGGGUGGGGAAAGAAGUCAGGGGACCCAGGGCAGUGUGGUGAAUAACUUCAGAAACCCACAGCCAAUUAUCUGAUCCUGGAAGGAGAGGAAAGGAGGAUGGGUUCCCAGAAUGCCUGCCCGGUGACGUCACGCCCUCUUUAGGACCCCGCCUUCUGCGGAUAAGACGGCGCCUCACGCCAUGCUGGGAAUCUUGUGCUGCAUAGGGGCUGGUUCCCUAAGGGACCAGGAGUUGGGAAGGGCAGGAGGGAGUCAGUGCGCAUGCGCAGCCCCGCCCCCUAGCUCCAGGUCGGUCCUCUCCUCCCCCUCUGCCUCCUCCCCAACCCAGAAGGACCCAGUUCUGGUGCCUGUGACGGCUUCCUGGGAAACCUGUGUGCGCGCGUGAGCAAGAGAGGGAGGGGAUGGUCAGCUUGCAGAAGGCCAAAGCCUAUGCCUAGGAGAGAGCCUGGAACCAGAGAGCAUGGCCCCUGGGACCCAGAGCCCCUCAUUCCAGGAGUUGGUGACAUUCAAGGAUGUGGUUGUGGACUUCACGGAGGAGGAAUGGGGCCUCCUGGACCAUUCUCAGAAAGAGCUAUACAAAGAGGUCAUGCAGGAGAACGUCCAGAACCUGCUGUCCCUGGGUGUAGAGACCAAAUUUGAAGUAAAUGAGGUGCCUAGAAAUCUUGGAAUUUUUGUGGAAGAACGUGACCUGCACAGAUUCAUGAGUGAUGGUCCCUGUGGCUUCAAUUGGAGAGAAAUCCAUGACUCUAAUAUGAAGUUAGACCAAAAUCCAAAGAGUGACUGUGAAUUUGAUGAAAUUGGACAGAGAUUCAGACAGUCUUCAAUCCCAAAUCAGUGUAAGAAAAUGACCUCAGGCAAUGACUGUGUUCAGGAUAGUGAAUAUAGCAAGUGCUUUACUGAAGGGCUAGACCUUUUUCCAUCCCAUGGGAAGCCUCCUGAAAUGCCAGUGUAUCCAGGUAACCAAUGGGAAAUGGCCUUCAGCUGGAAUUCAGAUCUCCUUAGACAUGAGAAGAGUGAUACUGGAGAAAUGCUUUCUGCAAGUAAUAAAGGUGGGAAGCCCUUGAGUCAGAAUUGUAGGCUCACUACUCACCAGCACAUUCCCAUCAGAAAGCAGCCUGAUGAAUAUAGUGAGGGGGAAACAACCUUAUCCUAUCAUUCAUCUUUUCCUUGCCAGUCUGAAUUUCACCCUGGGAUGAAAAGAUAUGCAUGUCCUCAGUGUGGGAAGUCCUUUGGUUGGAAAUCAGAUCUUUAUAGAUCUGAGAAGAUUCAUACUGGGGAGAAGUUUUGUAAAUGUGAGAUAGCUUUCUGCUUCAAAUCACUCCUUCUUGGCCUUCAGAGAAUUCACACUGGAGAGAAAAGUUAUGAAUAUAAUCAGUGUGGGAAGACUUUCUCACUUAGGAAAAGUCCCGUUGCCCAUGAGAGAAUCCACAGUGGAGAGAAGCCUUAUGAAUGUAAUCACUGUCCAAAGGCUUUCGCACGGAGGGCUAAUCUUGCUGCCCAUCUGAAAACCCACAGUGGAGAGAAACCUUUUGAAUGUAAUCACUGUGGAAAGGCUUUCACACAGAGGAGCAGUCUUAGUACACAUCAGAAAAUCCACACAGGAGAGAAACCUUAUGAAUGUAAUCACUGUGGAAUGGCUUUCAGACAGAGCUCCAGUCUCACUGCACAUCAGAGAAUCCACACUGGAGAGAAACCUUAUGAAUGUAAUCACUGUGGAAAGGCUUUCAGACAGAGCUCCAGUCUUACUACACAUCAGAGAAUCCACACUGGAGAGAAACCUUAUGAAUGUAAUCGCUGUCAAAAGACUUUCACACAGAGAGCUCAUCUUGCUGCCCAUCUGAAAACCCACAGUGGACAGAAACCUUUUGAAUGUAAUCAACGUGGAAAGGCUUUUUCAAUGAGGUACAAUCUUGCUGAACAUCAGAAAAUCCACACUGGAGAGAAACCUUAUGAAUGUAAUCACUGUCAAAAGACUUUCACACAGAGAGCUCAUCUUGCUGCCCAUCUGAAAACCCACAGUGGAGAGAAACCUUUUGAAUGUAAUCAACGUGGAAAGGCUUUUUCAAUGAGGUACAAUCUUGCUAAACAUCAAAGAAUCCACACUGGAGAGAUACCUUAUGAAUGUAAUCAAUGUGGAAAGGCUUUUUCAAGGAGGCCCAAUCUUGCUGAACAUCAGAGAAUCCACAGUGAAGAGAAACCUUUUGAAAGUAUUCAGUGUGGAAAGGCUUUCACCCAGAGAUCCACCCUUGGUGUGCCUCAGAGAAUCCACUCUGGAGAGAAACCUUAUGAAUGUAAUCACUGUGGAAAGGCUUUCACACAGAGGAGCAGUCUUAAUACACAUCAGAAAAUCCACACAGGAGAGAAACCUUAUGACUGUAGUCACUGUGGAAUGGCUUUCAGACAGAGCUCCAGUCUUACUUCACAUCAGAGAAUCCACACUGGAGAGAAACCUUAUGAAUGUAAUCACUGUGGAAAGGCUUUCAGACAGAGCUCCAGUCUUACUUCACAUCAGAGAAUCCACACUGGAGAGAAACCUUAUGAAUGUAAUCACUGUCGAAAGACUUUCACACAGAGAGCUCAUCUUGCUGCCCAUCUGAAAACCCACAGUGGAGAGAAACCUUUUGAAUGUAAGCAACGUGGAAAGGCUUUUUCAAUGAGGCACAAUCUUGCUGAACAUCAAAAAAUCCACACUGGAGAGAAACCUUUUGAAUGUAUUCAGUGUGGAAAGGCUUUUACCCAGAGAUCCAUCCUUGGUGCACAUGAGACAGUCCACUCUGGAGAGAAGCCUUAUGAAUGUAAUCAAUGUGGAAAAACUUUCAAAAUGAGGCAGAAUCUUGCUACCCAUCUGAAAAUCCACAGUGGAGAGAAACCUUUUGAAUAUAAUCACUGUGGAAAGACUUUCACACAGAGGAGCAGUCCUAGUACACAUCAGAAAAUCCACACAGGAGAGAAACCUUAUGAAUGCAAUCACUGGAAAGGCUUUCAUAUCUAGUAAUAUCUUGCUGAACAUCGGGGAAUCCACACUGGAGAGAAGCCUUACCAAUGUAAUCAGUUUGGAAAAGCUUUCACAAUGAGGCAGAAUCUUGCUACCUAUCUGAAAAUCCACACAGGAGAGAAACCUUAUGAAUGUAAUUACUGUGGAAAGGCUUUUGCACGCAGGUACCAUUUUGCUGUAACAUCAGAAUAUCCACAAUGGAGAGAAGCCUUAUGAUUGUAAUCAGUGUGGGAAAUCUUUCACACAGAACUCACAUCUUGCUUUACAUCAGAAAAUUCACAGUGGAGAGAAACCCUAGGAAUGUAACUAAUGUGGAAAGGCUUUCAGACAGGGAUCCAGAAUUGUUAACAUCAAGAAGUUGAUACUGAGGAGAAAUCUUAUUAAUGUAAUCAAUGGAGAAUGAUUUCACACCUCAGAUUUUGUUAAACAUCAGAGAGUCCACAUUGCAGAGAAACCUCAUGAGUGUUGCAAAGCUUUUAGUUACCACUCUUAACAUAUAUAACAGAAGAGAUUCCACACUUGGGAAAAGCCUUAUGAAUAUAACCAAAGUGGUGAUGCAUUCAGGUAACAAUCAUCUAUUGCCUAUCUCAGAAAUCAUAUUAGAUAGAAAAGUCAUGAGUAAAGAAAAGCAUUCAAAUGGAGUUCAGAGUUUCUGGACUUUUAGAGAAACCAUUCUGAGGAACAGAUCCCUGUGCACUCAGUGUGGGAAGGCUUUCAACUAGAGAUCAGCUGUUUCUUUCUAUCAGAGGUUCCAUUGUGGAGAGGCGGAGCCAAGAUGGCAGAGUGAAAGCAGUGACUUGCUUGAGCUCUCCUCCAAACCCACCCAAAUACUCAUA